ACUGGUAUUCGGAGGAGCAGACGGCGUUGUGGAGGAACAAGAAUACGACGGCGAAGUCGACGCUGACUUCGAUAAAGAUGUUGAAGACACAUAAUACGAUGAUUAUAAUUGCUGUACUCCUGAUCGUUUCUUUUCUGAGCUCGUCCGUGAACGGUAGACCAUUAUCAGAUGACGUUAAAGACUUGGAUCCGAUGGCACCCGGUGGGAUUGCCGACGAUCAUGGGUCGUUGGUCAAGCGGAAAGCCAGAAAUACGAUUCUGAAGGGACCACACUAUGACCUGAUCUUGAUCCCGGCUCAGGUUAGAAUCGUGGAUCCGAUGUUACCAGGUGCUAAUCCUGAUGAGGAACCAUCCACAGACGAGCUCCAAGGUGACAUGAAGCUUACCCCUCUACAACGGGAAAAUCUACUUGGGAAACCAGCGCCCGACGAUCACCAAGGACCAAGGCGAGUGAAGAGAAAAGCCACAGCUGACCUGGCGAAAAGAUGGCUCCAAAACACAGUCCCAUACGUAAUUGAAGAAUCAGCCAGUAACUCCUCCUCUGUAAUUCUUCAAGCGAUGGAACACUGGGAAGAACAAACCUGCGUGAAGUUCGUACCAUACACACAGACAGUGGCCGAAGAGCUUCAAGAUGACCAGUAUCUAUCUUUCUUCCUAGGCUCUAGCUGUUGGUCGUAUAUUGGCAAAGUAACGACAGUACCCCAGAAACUUAGUAUUGGACCUAAAUGCAGCACUUUUGGUACAAUAACCCACGAGAUUGGGCACGCCAUCGGGUUUUUCCAUGAGCAAACGCGACCUGACCGAGAUGAAUACGUGGUCGUUCACGAGGAGAACAUCCUAAGUGAAGAACUGGGGAACUACAUCAAGCGAACCUAUGAUGAUGUCAUAACAGAUGUUCCUUAUGACGUGAAAUCCAUCAUGCAUUACCGCGCUUACAGUUAUGCUAAUGACACGUCCAAACCAACGAUAACAACGGUCAACCCACUGGACAUCAAGUAUAUAGGGCAGCGAACAGCUAUCAGUUUUCGCGAUGUCAAAACCGCCAAUAUGAUAUACAAUUGUAGCUCAGGUUGCCCGUCUCUAGAUUGUUCUAAUGAGGGCUAUGUGGGACCUAACUGCACAUGUGUGUGCACCGAAGAGUUCACAGGCGCACAGUGCCUGGACACCAACCCAGAUUACGAACCACCAUGCGAGUACGUGCUGACAACAGCUUCCGGAUCGAUCGAAUCACCCAACUUCGGAAACGGAGACUACCCCUUAACUACUUUCUGCAUGUAUCAUAUCAAGCCCGAUGUUAUUUUGCCGAACAUGAGAAUCACUCUCACAUUUGACGCAUUCUCGCUCGAAGUGUCCGAUAGCUGCGAGUGGGAUUACGUCCGUGUCUUCAACGACCAACUCACCUACGGAGGACAAACAUUUUGUGGAUCCACCGUACCAUCACCUAUAACAUCUGUUGGUUCAGAAAUGGUGGUCUGGUUUCGAUCAGACUCUUACAAUAACAUGCCAGGAUUCAGAGCCAACUACAGUAUAGAACUUGAGUCAUCAUCAACAAACGGACCU